UCAUCUCUGAAUUGGACGUCGCGUCUCGGAUUGCAUAGGAUUCGUAUGUCCACGUCUGUCAGCCAGAUGUAAUCCGUAGUCGCUACGCUGCUUUUGAAAAGCUUAAAGUAUAAUUAAUUAUUUCUUUAAGUAAAUAGUGCGUAAUUAUAUUUUCCUAAAUGACAGAAUUCGAUGAAUUAGUAGCAGCUUUAAAUCCGCUGCAUAGAAAUGUCACAGAAUUUCCAAUUGGUGCCGUUUCCCUCGAAGAUUUCAAACCGAUCGACGAGAAGAUCGAAGAUGAGCGAGAGUCGCUCAAAAGAAUUAAUAGCAGGUCACUUAUGCUUCGCGUAAAAAAAGAUACUUAUUUUUUUCCGGAUACUUCCAAGCUUCGAAUAGGAGAGACUGUGGAUAUGUUACAUGAAAAUAUAGUUGAAGCACUUAUUAACAAAUGUGCAAUUAACUUAUGUUUACAUAGCGAAGCCAUUCAUAAUAUUUACCUGGACAAAGAUAAGUACGGAGAAUAUAAAAGAUGCAUAGAACCCUUAAUGAAUAAAUUAUUCCUUCUUAAUGACGCAAGUAUUGCUCUACAGAAUUCUAUAAAAGAAGUUAGCGAGAGGCGAAUAUUGCUCAAGAAGGAAUGUCAAGAUGAUAUUUUUCAGUAUCAUAAUUUCUUAAAGGAAGAACAGAACUCAAGAAAUAAUAAAUUUAAAGAAACUAAUCCUGAAUUGGCGGAGAGAAAGAAGAAGAUUGAAAACAAAUUGAUAAAAAUAAAUAUUAUGAAAAGACUGAUUACAAAUCUAAUUUCUGGUUCAGGCAAUAUGAUUACAAAGAAAUCGUUAUUAGAAAUGUUACACAAGCACAGAAACUUAGUUACUGCUGAUACUAUUUUUGAAACUUUUUGAUACACAUCGGGAACUAUCUAUCAGCAUAUGCAAUCAUUAAAAAGUCAUUGUAGUAGAAAUAUUAAUUACCUAUUAUUUCUUUGUUCAUCGCUUUUACGUGCCUGGUUUCUUAACACUAGAAUUACCAAGCCUAGUCAAAAUGACUGGUUUCAAAUGGCCCACCGCAGCCAAAAAAAUCCGCAGGUAGUUCUAGUGUUAAUAAAUCGACCAAUCGUUCAUAUUUUAGUACAUGUAAAGAAUAAAGACAUCUUCGAGUCUCCUUUA